ACCUCACUCUCUUUCUCUCUCCAAUCGAAUCCCCUCCCGCCCCUUAGACGCCAUGAACACUUUCACACGCGCCUCCGACUCUCUCUCGCCCUACCCUGUCACGCCUCAAACUUUCCCCCUGCCGCAGCUCGUCGAGACCGAGUUCGACUUUGCCAGCGAGGCGUUUCAUGGGAGCAGUAGCAGCGGCUACAACUCGCCUAGUUCGCUGGCGAGUUGCUGCACUCAUAAGCCCUGUUUCAUGCAGAGAAGCGCCAGCAGCCACUCUCUCCAGAAGAACGGCCUCCAUUGCCUUUUCGGGUCAAGCUGUAACGAGUUUGUGGGUUCCGAUGUUGGUCCUGUCAGAAGGGUCUGCAGUACCGGCGAUUUGGAGCAGGGAUUUAGAAUGGCCCAUCACAGCCCCAAGUCGGAGAGUCUGUUGUUGAAUGAGAGCUGUGCCAUCAUUGAGAGUAUGAGCAAAGCAUGCCGGUACAGCCCUGAAGAGAAGAAGGAGAGGAUUGAGAGAUACAGAAGCAAGAGAAACCUCAGGAACUUCAACAAGAAGAUUAAGUAUGCAUGUAGGAAAACUUUGGCAGACAGCAGGCCAAGAAUUAGAGGCCGGUUUGCGCGAAACGAUGAAAUUGAGAAGAUUUCUAAUCACCAGGUUCAGUGGAGCCAGUACAUGGGAGGAGAUGAAGAAGAAGAGGAGGAGGAUGACAAUUGGGUCAAUUUUCUGAAUUCAUUGUCAACAAAUCUGAUCCCUUAAUGUUUUAAUGAAAUAUUCUGCGUGUGUUUUAAUGUCUUAGUUAAUGUGGCAAUAUUUUAGAUGAUUGAUUGUUCCUAGUCUUACUAUUCUGAUGUAAAGUUGAACUCCUCUUUUAGUUUGAAAUAGGCUAUGUAAAUACUGCAAUUUGAUUACAUUAUGAAAAGGAGAGAUGUAUUUGUAAUCGUAAUGAUUAUGGUCCAUUUCUAACUAAAACUUUUAUAAAAAUAUUGUUUGAAU